GUUGUAGCCCCGCCUCUCAGAUCCCUGCUCCUUCCUCCUCCUCCGGUCAGUCGGCUACAUUCCCUGCUACCUUUCACCCCGAGAAACAUCAGUCUGAUUCCGACGCAGUGCGGACAAAUCCCGGAAUAAAAUGGCAUCAGGUGUGACAGUAAACGAUGAAGUCAUCAGGGUUUUCAACGACAUGAAGGUGAGGAAGUCUUCAACUCAGGAAGAGGUGAGGAAGAGGAAGAAGGCCGUGCUGUUUUGUCUGAGCGAGGACAGGAAGAAGAUCAUUGUGGAAGAGGGGAAGCAGAUCCUGGUGGGAGACAUCGGCGAAACCGUGGAAGACCCCUACGGCUGCUUCGUCAAGCUCCUCCCCUCCAAUGACUGUAGAUACGCGCUGUACGACGCCACCUACGAAACCAGGGAGUCAAAGAAGGAGGACUUGGUCUUCAUCUUCUGGGCCCCAGAGAGCGCUCCGCUGAAGAGCAAGAUGAUCUACGCCAGCUCUAAAGACGCCAUCAAAAAGAAGUUUACAGGUAUCAAGCACGAGUGGCAGGUGAACGGUCUGGACGACAUUCAGGACCGCCGGACGCUGGCCGAGAAGCUGGGCGGUAACGUGGUGGUGUCUCUGGAGGGCAAGCCGCUGUGAUGCAGCGGCGGCAAGCCGAGCGGAGUCAAGCCAACCGCCGUGCCAUCAGGACCGAAGCAACCAACCCCACCUGAACACCGUCACUUCACCCAGAAGCUUGCUCUGUCUAUAUCCAUGUCCUGAAGGUGUUAGUGUCUUUAGGCUUCUUUGUUUCUUUUUUUUUUUUUUGUCUUGGUUCUUAUUGCUUUCUUUUUUCUUUUAUUUUUCCUAAACAUGGAGAUCUCAUUAACAUAAUGAUAUGCAAACACCUCCCAGUUUGUCAUGUGACCUUUCUUACAUGGCGGAAAUAAAACAACACUACCAAACCCCACCAAGGUUCUCUCUUUCUCUCUGUCCCUCCAUCCCCUCUUUCUCCCUCUCCCUCACACACAGCCAGAGUUUUGCCAAAAAAAGUUGAUCUGAAGGAAGCAGCCACUGUUGUGUGACGAGAGCGCCACAAAGCACUGCCUCCUGCUGUACACGGGUUGCACUCAUGAAGCUUUUUACAUAAAUAUUUAUUAUUGUAAUCUUUUGUGUCCUCCAUUUCAUUCAACCAGGCUGACACGUCGUGUUAGACUAUGCAUUAGAUUAUUGUCCAGCACUUUUUAUUUGAACACUACAGGUUGAGACUGAAGUUCCUGGUGUUAAAUUCCGUUUUCUUUUUUUUGUUUUGUUUUGUUUGUUUGUUUUUUGUUUCCAAGUGAAGAUCUGUUUACCUCAGUUCUCAUUCUUGUAUGACUGACCAUCAUUAGCUGUUUGCUUGUCGCCUUAUUUCAGUUUGAAUGUAACCGUCACACCAGAGUUGGAGUGCACUUUUGUUUUGUAAAGAAAGCUCUACAGGAAACAGGUUUAAGCCCACUCGCCACUCCCCACCCUCUACCUUCCCCAACAGUGAGAGAUGACCCCUCCCCACAACAACAACAUCAUCAUCAUCUUCAUCAUCAUCAUCUGGAGCCUUAAAGUGAAACUUUGUUUCUGAGAUCACAGGAAGCCACUUUGCAAUAAAAGCCUGUGGCAGACAAAA